AAAAUUAGAACUAGGCUGACAUUACAUUUCACUUGGUUACAGCUUGACUGAGGAUUUUAAUCAUUUGGAACCACACUGCAAAAACUCCCCCUGCAUUCAACUCUUAGCUGAUAAUCACUAACUUUGGGCAUGUGGGGUCCUUUCUGAGAUGUCAUCUGUGAUUCAGCUGUUUAGAACAUAAUGAAGUUGGUAACUCUCUGACAAUGUGGAGAAAUCAUGACAGAAAAUGUGGUUUGUACUGGGAGUGUCAAUGCUGUAAAGGAAGUUUGGGAAAAAAGAAUAAAGAAACACAAUGAAGACCUGAAGAGAGAGAAGGAAUUUCAACACAAGCUAGUGCGUAUCUGGGAAGAAAGAGUAAGCUUAACCAAGCUAAAAGAAAAGGUCACCAUGGUAGAUGGAAGAGUUGUUUUGAAGAUAGAAAACGAGGAAUGGAAGACCCUUCCUUCUUCUCUACUGAAACUGAAUCAGCUACAGGAAUGGCAGCUUCAUAGAACUGGUUUGUUAAAAAUUCCGGAAUUCAUUGGAAGAUUCCAGAACCUCAUUGUGUUAGAUUUAUCUCGAAACACAAUUUCAGAGAUACCUCGAGGAAUUGGACUGCUCACUGGACUUCAGGAACUGAUUCUUAGCUACAACAAAAUCAAGACUGUCCCCAAGGAACUAAGUAAUUGUGCCAGUUUGGAGAAACUAGAACUGGCUGUUAAUAGAGAUAUAUGUGAUCUUCCACAAGAGCUCAGCAAUCUGUUAAAACUUACUCACCUUGAUUUGAGUAUGAACAACUUUACUACAAUCCCUCCUGCUGUGUUAAACAUGCCUGCCCUUGAGUGGCUGGACAUGGGAAGCAACAGACUAGAACAACUUCCUGACACUAUUGAAAGAAUGCAAAGUCUGCAUACAUUAUGGCUGCAACGGAAUGAAAUAGUAUGCUUGCCAGAAGCAAUCAGCAAUAUGAAAAAUCUGGGUACUAUUGUUCUCAGCAACAAUAAACUGCAAGAUAUUCCAGUAUGCAUGGAGAAAAUGGUGAAUCUGAGGUUUGUCAACUUCAGAGACAACCCACUGAAAUUGGAAGUAACACUUCCUCCUAGUGAGAGCAUAGAUGAAGAGGAUCGGGAAUUAUUUGGCCUUCAGUUUAUGCACACAUACAUACAGGAGUCUCGGAGAAAAGCAGAUCACCAAGUCAACUGUUUGACUACUUUACCAAUUCCUACAAAUAGUGAUGGAUAAUGUAAUUCAAGAUGCCCUGCUGAAGAGGAUUAUUUUGGGAAUUUGGUGAAUUCUCUAAUGUUUGGACUUCUGAAGUAAAAAACAAAGCUUUUACCAAAGUUUAAUGAGGCCAUAGGAUUUUUUAAAGUCCCUAUUAUCUGCUAUUUAAAUUAUAUUUUUGUGUAUAUAAAAAUAUAAUUAAAAAAUUUUUGUUUGGUGGAAGACAGAUGAUGUUCAAAUUUCUUUUCCUUUAAGCACUUGUUUCUGGUGAUGAAGAAUGAUUAGGUAAAGCGGUUAACAAUACAUUUUCCAAAGACACCAGAGGGUCUAUAUAAUACUGCAAAGCAGGACUGAAUCCCUUCUGCUGUAAAUACUGAAUUCGGCCUUGGUCAAUCAGCAAUUUACAAAGAUGCCCGAUUUUCUUCUUUUCUUCAACAGUAAGAAGCCUAAAUUGAGUAAACACACGUAGAACAUUGUUAAAAAAAUAUUUUAGUCAUUUGUGUUUAUUGAGAAACUGCUAAAUAACCCACAUUAUACAUAGGUGCUAUGUCCCAUGCUUUCAAACACAUUUUGUUUAUGACAAUGAAAAUGUGUAUAUUUUAACUUAUUCUAAAAUGAGAUUGUAAAAUAUAUUUUCAUGAAUAAAUUGUUGGUAAUAGUUAUCUAACAAGAAAGUACAGCAACAAUGAAAUACUUCUCCUUUAGUGCUGUACAUUACAAAAGUAAU